AUCGCGUCGGACACGGACACAUUUCUUUGACUUGGUCUCAGUGCGCUAGCGAUCACGGAAUAAAAUCUUAAAAAAAAUAUGACCAAAACGGGUAAGCCGAGUAAAGAAAGAAAUGUAGGAGUGUCGGCGACUAGCAGUUUAUUGAACAGUGCAGCAAACAUGAAAAUAAACAAGGCUCUGGCCAAUACUAAAACGCAGCAGCAGACCAAAAAAGGACGCUCAACAACAACAACUUCUGCCACAGCAAUAAUGUGUGCAUCGGUGCCUCUAACAGGAUCAAAUGUCGAGGGAAGCGAUGACGAAAAAGAGAUGGCAACAGAGGUAGGUGUAGGUGCCGAAUCCAAAACCGAAACCAAGACCGAGGCUGAGGCCGCAGCAGCGACGCUGGCUUCGCAGUCAACGCUUGCCACAGCGAAUUUAUCGUCAUUUGAGUCCGCGCGCUUACAGGCUCACACUUCAGUUGUCAGCGAAGCACCAAAGCAAACGGUUGCCACGAUCGCGUCAGUGUCACCAAACGAAUCGACAGUAAUAACAGAGGCAGUAAUUCCAUCUGCAACAACAAUCGUCAGUGUACCCGCGACAACAGUAGAUGUUAAUGUGAUAAAUGAUAACCAAGGAGAACAACAGCAACAAGCCACUGAGAACGCCAGUGAAAGUGUUGAUAACAAAAUCAAAGUGAUCAACUAUGCCCAUCAGCAUCAACAGGAACAACAAAUUUAUGAACACACUAAUUGGUUAACGGCGUACGAUUUGACAAACAAUUCUUCAAACCCUGGAGACAAAACCGAGUUCUACGCCUUGGCUCCACAGCACUAUUUGGCCCACUUGCCAUAUCAUACACAACCGCACAGCCAUCCCCAUCAUUACGAUCCUCAUCAAAAUCUCAAUAGUGUCGUAAACACGGAUUCAAUGCGUAAUAAUUUUGCUUUAUAUAGUGUGUACGGAAGCGGUGGGGGCACUCCCGAUCAUUUGCAUCAACAUGUUGUUGCACUCAAUGCUGCUGCAACGGCCGCGGCGGCUGCGACGGCGGUAUCAUCAUCUUUGACCCAUGGCACAUCGAAUAUUGAUGAGGUCAUUCAAGAUACUCUAAAAGAUGAAUGCUUCGAUGAUGCCCACAGUUCUAGCUUCCACAUGCUGACACCCGUUUCAGACCUGCAAAAUCUAAAAGAUCCGAAUUCAGCUAUUUACGCACUAAGUCACGAGCAACUUUUACAGCAGCAUCACCAGCAACAGCAGCUACAUCUUCAGCAUCAUCAGCCGCAUCCACACCAGAUUAGCAGUAAUAACAAUAACAAUUCUGCUAGUUCAGUGGGCGGCGACUCGCCCUCACCCACAACUGCCCUUUCUACUCUACAAAGUUUCACCCAGUUAAACGGUGCAGGACAUCCGCGAGAAAGUUAUGGCAGCAUAUCGCCCGAGCACAGCAGCUAUUUUACAACACCGUUAAGUCCUGUUUUGCAAACCAGUUCUGUUUAUGCGGGGCCUUUGCUUACCUCAACUGCUAAUGGAAUGCAGUACGGUAUGCCUUUGCCCUCUCCCACCCACAAUCAUGUACAUCUCCAUCAGCAGCCUCAUCAACACCACAAUUCAACGAGCAACAGUCCUGGCCCUGGUUCUGGUCCACUGGGUGCACUUCAUGCUAGUUCCUCUCCCAACCACAAUCAUGUGCAUCUCCAACAGCAAUCGCAACAGGACCAGCCAAACAAUUCCACAAGUAGUAGUCCGGGACCUGGUUCUGGUCCACUUGUUGGAGUUAAUGGGGGAAGUGGAGGAGGUGUUCUGCCUGCCUACGCUUCGCUGGCAAAUUACCGCGGACAUAACGAUGCCUGGGCGAAUCAUUACGAACCAAUUGGUUAUGCAUCCUCCAAUGCAUCUGGCCAGACACAGUCGUCACAUCUAGGAACUGGAGUUAUACGUAAUGGACGGGCUAUAAGUGCAGCAAAUACAGCAGCAGCGAUCGCAGCAAACGACGGAUCAGCCACAAAUAGCGUCGGAGUAGAUCCAUCACGUUACCUAACUGCAUCUGCAUCUCUAACUGCAUCAUUUUUCGAUGCCGAUUUGUUCACUGAGGGGCGAGAAUGUGUCAAUUGUGGUGCGAUUUCAACCCCAUUAUGGCGACGCGAUAACACAGGACACUAUUUAUGCAAUGCCUGCGGCUUGUAUAUGAAAAUGAACGGCAUGAAUCGACCCUUAAUAAAACAGCCUAGAAGAUUGAAUGCGUCUAGGCGAGCCGGCCUUUCUUGUUCCAACUGUUUGACCACCUACACUUCUUUAUGGCGACGUAAUCCCAGCGGUGAGCCUGUGUGUAACGCUUGCGGUCUCUACUUUAAGUUGCACAAUGUUGCGCGGCCCUUGACUAUGAAAAAGGAUACCAUACAGAAACGAAAACGAAAACCUAAGGGUACCAAAAGUGAGAAAUCGAAAAAGAAAACUAUUGUAUCCCACAACAGCAUUGAGACUUCCAAUAAUAAUAAUCUAUCCUGCCAAAAUACUGGCCUUCCUUUGGAAAGUCAAAUAAUGGAUGAGGUUCCUGAUGAAAUGAAAUCAAUCGCAUAUAUGGCAUAUACACCGCAACACCCACAACAAAGUCUUGAAAAUAUCUCAUCCCCAGCCAGCUCCCAUAGCUCAUCAUCCUCACAACAACAACAACUUUGCUCGGGCCUGGACAUGUCGCCCAACACGUCGACGCCAGUGUCAAAUAGCAUUUAUCAAAUGCCGUCGCCCACUCAUUUACAAAACAACAAUAAUACAUUGUUUAACAACAAUAAUAGCGAAAAUACUACUAAAUUUCUACAGAAAUACCUGCAAGCCCAACCAUUGAGCAACAACAAUAUUUCAGCAGCCGCGGUAGCGGCUGCAGCAGCUAUGAAUAACAAUAUAAAAUCCGAGCCUUCAAAUGUUACAUUUCCAACAACAUCAACAACAACACUGACAACGGCUUCGACACUUAGUCACGAUCACAACAACACCAUUAUCAGCUUGCAAAAUCCCUAUCACCAACUUGUGGUGGGUCAACCAGUAAUGCCACUGUGCAAGUCAGGACCUUCUCCUUAUUUGACUGAAGAGGCUCAGGAUCAGCAGCAGCAGAUUAAAUUGGAACAGCAGCAACAUGUUGAGGAUCUUCUUCUUAAUCGCUCUAUCUCAUUAGAUGAGCAAUAUGAAUUGGCUGCCUAUCACCACCAACAAAACCAACAACAGCAACAACAACUUGCCGUUGCGAGCUACGCGAUGCAAGCGGCUGCCCACCAACAACGAAAAUUUGGUGUUGAUCGUGAGACUGUUGUUAAAAUGGAGUAGAUCUUGUUUUUGAAAAUGACAAUUGCUCUCUUUCUAUAACCAUGACCAAAGAUUCUCUUGUUUUAACAAAACGUCUCAUAGCUCCAAAGAAUUUACAGCAUACACCAAGUAGUUGUUCUUCAAGAACUAAAUAUCACAUCCAUUUCAUUUAAUUGUAUAAAGAGUUAAAGCGUGACAAAGAUAUGACAUUUUCAACUCGAAAUUUUAUUGUUAUUUAAAAUUUUAGAUUUAAUUUUUAGUUUAUUAGCAAAUUAAAAUACUUUUCAUAAACUAUUUGUCUUAAAAAAUACAAUAUAUCAUUAAUUUGUUAUCCAUUUUGUAUAUCUUUUGAGAUUUCUUUUAAUCAAAUAACAGUUAAAUUUUUAACUAUUAAUUAUUAAAAUAAAAAAUUAGGAAUCCAAAAAGAAAUCAUAACUUAUGCAAUUUAGAUAGUAAUAUAUCUUAUGAUUUUCUAGGUUAAGCUUUACCGUCUUUUGAAACAUUUAAUAUUCUUAGCAUUAAAAAUUUGUACCAAACAUUCAGACCAACGUGUUAUUUUGAAAACAAAA